UUCUCUUACUCUAUCUACCUAUAUCUUCAAUCUUCAAUCUCAAUCUUGAAUCUUGAUCAGAGCACCAAAAUUAUGUACCGCAAAAACUGCUUUUCGUCUUCAAUUGUAUCAUUAAGUGUGUACUUUGUUUUGUUGAUUGUGCAAGGGCAAGGCCAAGCCGGGUUCUAUUCACGUACAUGUCCAAGAGCAGAGUUGAUUGUCAAGCAAACAGUCGAAGAUCAUUUUAACUCCAAUCCUUCCGUUGCUCCUGGCUUACUAAGGAUGCAUUUUCAUGACUGCUUUGUCCAGGGUUGUGAUGCUUCCAUCCUUCUAGACGGAGCAAACACUGAGAAAACAGCCGCACCUAACCGCGGUUUAAGAGGUUGGGAAGUCAUCGACGAUGCAAAGACUAAGCUUGAAGCUGCAUGCCCCGGGGUGGUUUCCUGUGCGGAUAUUCUUGCUCUUGCUGCUCGUGAUUCUGUGGUUCUCACCAAGGGAUUCAGUUGGAAUGUGCCUACAGGAAGAAGAGAUGGAAGGGUUUCAUCGGCAUCUGAGACUUCCAAUUUGCCUGGCUUUAGAGACUCCGUUGAUGUACAAAAAGCCAAAUUCCAAGCAUUGGGUCUCAACACUCAAGAUCUUGUCACGCUUGUUGGUGGACACACCAUUGGCACUUCAGCUUGCCAAUUCUUUAGGUACAGAUUGUACAACUUCACUACAACUGGAAAUGGCGCUGACCCAACCAUCAACCCUCUCUUCCUUUCUCAACUGCAAUCACUUUGCCCUCAAAAUGGCGACGCUACCAGGCGUGUUGAUCUGGACGUGGGCAGCGCAAAUCAGUUUGAUGCAACUUUCUUUAGAAAUUUGCAGAAUGGUCGCGGGAUACUUGAGUCGGAUCAGAAGUUAUGGACCGAUGCCUCCACUAAAAGUUUUGUUCAACGCUUUUUGGGUGUGAGAGGAUUGCAAGCAUUGAAUUUCAACGUAGAGUUCGGAAGGUCCAUGGUGAAGAUGAGUAAUAUCGGCGUCAAGUCUUCCACAAAUGGUGAAAUUCGCCGCAUUUGUUCUGCAAUUAACUGAGCAACGAGAUUUAUCAACUUAAUUAUUAUUUAUUAUUUAUUUGUUGGCACAAUAAAGCCAGUCUCCAUUCUUUUCUGUGUUCAAAGGGAAAACCACUUUGAGCUCAUUCUUUGUUUGUGUAAGCUUAUAUAAGACUUUUAUUAGCAUCAAAACGAGCUAAUUGGUUAGCCAAAAACCUAAUAUCAAAUGAAGUACUCUGAUUAUUGAUGUGCCAUUUGAAAUGAUA